AAUCGAUGUUCGCAGCCGUGUGUAAACAGCACGUGUAAUCGAAUACGACGUCAUUGAUUCAAAUAUGGCGGACCCCAAACAAGCAAACCAGAAAAGCAUUAAAAUAGCUGCUGGUGCAGUGGUGUGUGUUGAGAGUGAAAUCAGAGGAGAUGUCACCAUUGGGCCGAGAACGGUGAUCCACCCGAAAGCACGGAUUAUUGCAGAUGGUGGUCCGAUCAUCAUAGGAGAAGGCAACCUGAUAGAAGAACAAGCGCUCAUUGUUAACAGUUAUCCUGAAAACAUCAUGCCUGGCACAGAGGAGUAUGAACCCAAGACCAUGACAAUAGGCACCAACAAUGUUUUUGAAGUCGGCUGCGUCUCCCAAGCGAUGAAAAUUGGGGACAACAAUGUCAUUGAGUCAAAAGCUGAAGUGGGCCGUAACGUGAUCCUGACGAGCGGCUGUAUCAUCGGCGCAUGCUGUCGGCUCAACACGUGUGAGGAGAUUCCAGAGAACACGGUCAUCUACAGCUCCAAUUGCAUGAGGAGAGUACAGACCGAGAGACCACAGCCCCAGACUCUGCAGCUGGACUUCCUGAUGAAGAUUUUACCUAACUAUCAUCAUCUGAAGAAAACGCAGAAGAUUAACCCGACUCCCGCCCGGACUUAAAAUCAUUCCACCGCUUUGCUCUGCUAAAUGGUGGCACCACAUUCAGACAAUAGAUUAUUUUUUUUUUUCCUUUGGUCACAUCCCAUAACCAAUAAGGUAGAUUUGGCAUGCAAGAAGAUGAUGUUUACUCCUAACUACAACUGUUAUUCAAGCACACUGAUUGUAUUAUAGCCUUACUAUAACUUUGGGAUUAUGGUCCCGCGGUCAGAAAGAUAUACAGAGCCACUGUACAAUCAAGAAAACAUUAACAUCAGGAUCAUGUUGAACCUUUUUCAGAAUAUUUGUAGUCAGAAAAUUGGCUAGGUUUAAGAGUGAAAGAUUUAUUUAUGCAGAUAAAUGAAAUCGUCUCUUGUCAAACUCUGGUUCUGGUUUUAUAAAUUUGGGUUUUAUGUCCAAAAGUAAUGAGAAGAAAUACAACAAUAUACACCAGAUACCAUGACCAUAUAAUCAUAUCAUGACUAUAAAGAGCUUGGAAUACCUUUUGCCUAUUAAUGAGACAAACUAGACAUAAGACAUAUGUACCUAUAAGUUGAUAAAAAUAAAAAAGCAAUAAAACUGUUA